UACGCAGUAUGAUAACUACUGCACUUGGGAUUGGUUAACCCCUAUCCUACAGCCGCCUUCAUCCCAAUUUGAGAAACCUGUAAGGAUAUCUACAUCUCUAUACACCUCUUUUUAUAGAAUGGCCCAAUCUUCUGUGAAACCGCGGGAUUUGGUUGUUCACGAAAAAAAAACCCGAAGCAACGGCGUAUCACCGACUAGAAGUGGGUUAAAAUUUCCAGGGUUAUAUGCGGCCUUCCUAUAACAGCAGAAAUACUUGUGGGCCUUCUUUAAUAGAACAAAAGAAGUAUCUGAUAAGCUGUAGUUAUAAUUAAUGCAAAAAGACAAAUUUGGGACUGUGACAUGUCUGGUCACUCGAGCUAAUGAAUGAAGAAUCUUGGCGUGAGCUUAAAAAGACAUAAUAUUCCUGAGCCUGCUACAAUAUUCUUGAAAAUCUUUGGACCGUCCUUUAAUAAAACCACCAGGUGCAAAUUUCUACUAAAGGAACAUUUAUUUUGUAUGGACAACUCCCUUUACUGGCCCGAGAGGGACUGUUCACAACAACACUACAAAUUCUAUCCUCCUGCAUCUUCACAUACAUCUUCAUCUUCCCCCUAAUCUCAACCUCAAGGCCAGUGCACGAAAAGCACCCAACAAUUUUCCAGUCUCCAGUUUCAUAUUCCUAAGCCGGCGAAUUCUCUAUGAUGUAUGUCCCCCCACCACUCUCUGUCCCCAUCAGAUCAGAAAACUAUCCAACACCCCCAGCUCCUCCAUUCCCCACCCCGAAACCCCGUCCUGGAGCGGUUAACUCCGGAAAUCACACCACACAUAAUGAAAACCCCCCAGCCUUCUCCCUGAAUGCGCUCAUCCGCACAAGUAAGCCCUAUCACGACAUAUGGCUCGAAAACGAAUACGGCAUCAGCGAAGGCAUCGCAAUGAACGAAUUCGGAGAGUUCCGGGCCGAGGCAGUAAAGUUCCUUCGACUCCAGGCGGAGUUGAGGCACCCUUCAGGAACGCAUGAGGGGAGAAUGAGGGUUUUCGGAAAGAAGAUCGAGGAGGGGAAGUUAAAGGGGGGGAUUAGGCCUGUUAUCUCAAAAGUUGGGAUGGGGUUUGUGCUGCGGGGGCAGGGUGAGGUGACGGUGAAGAGGUCGCCGCCAGCUGGGAGUUUGGACAGGAUGGGUAUUCUCAAUGGCGGGGUGAAAAUUGGGAAAGAGGAGGAUGCUCAGUUACUCUGCUACAAGCGGAGGGUAACCGAUACCAGGAACGUCUCUAUAAAAACUGUCCUGCGCCCGCGAUCCUACGGCACUGCUCUCCGCCUUCUUAGAUUUAACACUUUCCCUCCGUCAGCUAAUGUAGUCCGCCGUGUUGACCGCGCGAUAUACAACAACUAGCUCGUCCUCCUAGCCUGCACUCCAGACUUUAUUACUUGCCUGGCUACAUUCGAAUAUCAUAACCUCAACGACUCCCUCAACGCCUUCUUAGAUUCCCAAGACACCCUCAGUGAUGAGGAAUGGGAGGCCAGUAUUGAUCGCGAGUAUGAACAUGUUAAAGCUUAUUUGGAUUUUGAAGGGAGAAAGGGGGAGCUGGAGGAGCUAUGUGAGGUUACUUACUUUACCCAUUGCCUUGUGGAGUUGUCGGGGCCUGGAGGGGAGGCAUUAUUUUUAGGAGUGGAGGAAGGAGGAGGAUGAAGAGUUGCAGGAUUGGGCCUAGGGCCAGGUUCGGAGGGCGGCGGGGGAGGGGG